AAACAGUGAAGUGGUUUCAAAACACCAGCGGCAGAGGAAACCAAAACGUCAACGCAUUUACUCUAGUACAUGCGCGGAUUUCCUAUGGGGGCCCUAACAUCAACAUACAUCUAAAACACCCGGGACUACUCUGACACGCCCAAAGCGUGUUUUUUUUCACGGUUUGUGCACGCGGCCUCCCUGGCCGGCCCAGGACUGAUGGCAUCAGAGGAAAUGGAUGGCAUUUGCACGGUGCCAGAGAUGGCUUCAAUUAAAGUGGAGCCGUCGGUUGGGAUUGGCGUGAGUUCCACAGAAGAUACGGGGUCGCAGAACGUGGCCAUGGGGAUAAAGUUCAUCUUACCAAAUCGGUUUGACAUGAACGUUUGUUCACGUUUUGUGAAGUCUCUAAAUGAGGAGGACAGUAAAAACAUUCAGGACCAGGUGAACUCAGAUCUGGAAGUGGCAUCUGUGUUAUUCAAAGCUGAAUGUAAUAUCCAGACCUCACCAUCGCCAGGGAUUCAGGUUCGCCAUGUGUACACACCAUCCACCACCAAACACUUCUCUCCAAUAAAGCAGUCAACAACCCUUACCAACAAGCACAGAGGCAACGAAGUCUCCUCCACACCUCUGCUUGUCCACUCUCUGUCCAUUCACCAGCUAGCUGCCCAGGGAGAGAUGGUGUUCCUGGCCAGCAGGAUAGAGCAAGAGUCGGUGAUUAACCUGCAGGAUGAGGAGGGCUUCACGCCACUGAUGUGGGCUGCUGCUCAUGGCCAAAUUGCCGUGGUGGAGUUCCUUCUGCAGAAUGGUGCAGAUCCUCACAUUCUGGCUAAAGGGAGAGAGAGUGCCCUGUCAUUGGCCUGCAGUAAAGGCUACACAGACAUCGUUCGAAUGCUCAUUGACUGCGGCGUGGAUGUCAAUGAGUAUGACUGGAAUGGUGGAACUCCUCUGCUCUAUGCUGUUCAUGGGAAUCAUGUUCGUUGUGUGGAAAUCCUUUUAGAGUCUGGUGCUGACCCCACCAUUGAGUCUGACUCUGGGUUUAAUGCCAUGGAUAUGGCUGUUGCAAUGGGACAUAGAAACGUUCAACAAGUCAUGGAGGGACAUCUACUAAAGUUACUACAAGGAAUCAAGGAGUGAUUGAAGAAAAGGUGUGAGAGACACAAAGAUGAAGGAAUAAGAAGAAAAAGAAGCUAGGGAUGGAUAUUCGGCGGAAAGCUGAGGGGAAAGUGGAAAGCCGUCCUUUUGGAAAGCUGACAUUUUGUGAAGAGGAAUGAGUGGCCGUGCUGAUGUUUCAUUGUGCAUGUUUAUGAGUCCUUCAUCUGGAAAACUCACUCACUUUCAUCUUCAUCCGUUUGUCCACUCAUCCAUCAUUUAACGGGACUUUUCAAAAAAUAAUCAUCGUGUGGGUUUUAAGAUUUAAUAUAUUGACCUUUUAAAUCAUAACAGUGUCUUUUUUACUGAACUACUAUGAGUGUUGAUGUUUUUUUAGCGAGUGUCGUGUGAGAGGCUGGUUUGUACCUUAUUUAUAUUGUACCAUAUGUCUUUAAUUUAUAUGUAAAUUUUUUUUGGUUGUUUUUAACUGUGUCAUGGCGCUGGAACUGAACCAUGUAAUUGUUUACUUUAAGGGUGCUUGAUAGGACAGCAAGUCUUCAAAUUAAGGUUUCAUCCCAUAAAUGCAUUUCUGCAAGUCCACAUGUUGUCCUAGGAGCAUUGACAGCAAAUAUGCCAUUGUUAUAACUUUGUGCUACUACAUAUGAAGCAUUAGACUAUUCUACUAACUUAAACAAAUUUGUUUGUAUUUGAAACUUGUGAUAUCACCUGUAGAGUCAGUUUUAGCACACUGCCAGUGAAGCAGAAUCCCUAUCAAAACACAAAUACAGACCUUACCUCCAAUAUGUUAAUGGGCUCUCUGUCAAGCGCCGGAAUGAACUGCUAUUGAUGCUCAUGACAGCUUUGUGUGAGAACAUUACAAUGUAUUUGUGUCAGGUUUUGUUACUUUAGACUGAAAUGCUAACAAUCCCUGGAUAACAGUCUAAAUAGUUACCUGUGUAACUGGUUCAUCCUCUGUAUGUGAUAUGGCAUUUUACAAUGACACUAAAUCCAGAGAUUAUUUCUGAAGGAUAAUCCUGUUGUAUUGUCUGAUUAUCCUCAUUCAGAACAUGUUAUCAACUGUUAGUAUUUGUGUGCCAU